AUGCUAGUGAUACGCACCGAACAACAUGGCCGUCUUGUGGAGGCUAAGUUCAACAAGUCCGGCGUCUUCAAGGUUCGGCCCUCGCCGGUAUACGGCUUCACCAAAAGGGAAGGAGCACCUUGGGAACUCUUCGCACAUUACCUUGCCUGUGAGCCCAUCGAUGGACCAAUUGUAGAGUUUGUGGAUGAUGAAGAGAAGGAGCAAGAAUCCAGCGGAUUUCCACAGUCGUCCCUAACAAGAUACCCCGCCGCUCUCGGGCUUUCCAAUGCAGGUCAAAGAAACUUGCCUCCUGGAAGUGACCUGGGUAGUUCUGGAAGUGAUGUGGGUAAAUAUUCUGACGAUAAGUGA